AUGUACAGCCAGCUUCUCAAAGGCACGCGCAAGUACACGCGCAACGCGCGCGGAGUCAGAACGAACGGCGCGACGACGCACCUCGGAAGUGCGGUCCAGCGACUGACGCGUCAGCAGCCUUCCAGCUCCGGGGUAGUCAACUUAAUCACUUCAACUUCAGUCUCUCUAUCGAUCCAAUCAACUUUGUCCAAUACUCUGGGUUUCGAACUUCGUGGCCAGAUUUGCAAGAUAGAGGUAGAGACGUCGACAGACGUCGACGCGGCCGCGCCGCGCGCGCGCCUAGCGGACUUGCUCUCGACCACGAUCACGACCCCCCGGCCGCACCCCCCUCAGUUCCUCCCUUCGCCACUCUUUGCAUCCUCUGUGGGGAUCUCUCAGCACUGUCCUCAAGUGGGUGGUAGAUCCGCACUCAGCACCCGUCUGCGAGUCUCGAGAGCUUCGAGGGAAAAAUUAGCCGCGAACCUCGUACAACAGGGCUGUUCUGAUCCCAUUUGA